UUUUCUUAGGAAAAACCUAGAGAGAAAACAGCCUCCUGCAAAGAAUCUUGAAUUCCUGGCUGGAACCCAAAAGAUAAACAACAGUGGCGGAAGCAGCAUGUAGAGAAAAAAAAUUGUCAGUGCAAAUGGACAAAGACGUGUUAUUCUUGUUCAGCUAUACGGCUAAAUUGCAGUUGUAAAUUCAUUCCAUUUUCUUUGGCCUUAAAGAGGUGCUUUUAAAAGAGUCCAGAGACCAACCUUCCUCUGAUGAUCAUGUCCUAUCUGCAGGCCUUCUGUUAGCCUCCUGGCUAAGUCUCCAGCGGCACCGGCAGUGCCGACCUCUGAAGACCCCAAGUGUUUCGGUGCGGCGUUGGAUUCAUUUGGCUGGACACCCGAAUGUAUACCCCAAGUGGCUCAGUGUUGCCAGGUGGCCGAAGGCGAAGAGGGCAAGAUGGGAGUGCCUUGCCCAAGCAGCCCGAAAGGAGCCUGGCAUCUGCCUUGCCCGGAGCCCUCUCCAUAACCGCUCUGUGUACUGCCUUGGCGGAGCCCGCCUGGCUACGGAUACACGGAGGCACUUGUUCUCGCCAGGAGCUGGGAGUGGCUGAUGUGCUGGGAUACAUUGACCCGGAUCUACUUAAAGACUACUGCAUGAACCCCCAGACGGUGCUGCUGCUUCGGGUGAUUGCUGCUUUCUGCUUCUUGGGAAUCAUCUGUAGCCUUUCAGCGUUCCUUCUCGACGUCUUCGGGCCCAAACACGCCGCACUGAAGAUUACGCGCCGUUACGCCUUUGCUCACAUUCUCACAGUGCUGCAGUGCGCCACGGUGAUCGGGUUUUGCUACUGGGCCUCGGAGCUGAUUCUCGCCCAGCAGCAGCAGCACAAGAAGUACCACGGCUCGCAGGUCUACGUUACGUUUGCCAUCAGUUUUUACCUGGUGGCCGGAGCCGGCGGGGCAUCCAUCCUGGCCACGGCCGCCAACCUGCUGCGCCACUACCCCACUGAAGAAGAGGAGCAGGCCUUGGAGCUUCUGUCCGAGAUGGAGGAGAACGAACCUUACCCUGCAGAGUACGAAGGCAUCAACCAGUUCCAGCCACCGCCGGCUUACACGCCAUAACGCUUCCCCGGACGAUGGCUGGGGCAAAGGAGGAGGGCGGGGGCGGGCUUUCUUCCAGCCCGUCCCAGAAUGUCAACCUGCACACAAUUGCUUGGGAAGGCAUUCCCUUCUCUUCCUGGAACCCCCUCUUGUAGGUGUUUCUCCCUUCCUUCCCCCCCCCCCCCCCCGUGGAUCUGCUCCCUUUUUACCGUUUCCUGUCUGGGGAGAAGACCAGGAGCCCGAGCUGAAGACUUGCUCAUGGAGUGACCUCUGAAGUGGUCGGAUUCCGAAGCAAUGGGGUGACAUUUGGGAGCGGGGUUUGAACCUCAGGCAUUCGGGGGGGGGGGGCAACAACUGCACGACGUUUUCGAGCGGCAGAGCUGGGUGAGGCUCCAGAGAGAGAGAGAGAGAGAUCUGAAGAGAGGAAGAGGAGAGCCACUUCUGGAGAAGGAAGGCAUGUAGACAGCUUGAUUGGAUGGGAAAGGCGAUGGGUGGGCGGGCGGAGGGAAAGGUGCCACCAUUUUUGACGUUGCGCGAAGACGUUUUGCGUUGGGCGGCGGAGAAUUCAGCGGUCCUGUCCCGCCAUCCACAGAGCUCUCCUUUUGGGGGGGGGGAGAGUGGAAGGAUACCCCACUCCGACGUUCACCCCUAGGGGCCAACAGGCUUGGCCUUCAGCACCCUGAAUGAUGGGACUCCUUCUCUAUGCACUGGCUUGUGGAGAGCUGACCCCCGUGUGCUUCCUGAAAAAGCAGGGUUGGCGUUUCCUCCCACCCUCGUUUCGUCCACUCCUGCGACUCCGCGCAAGCGUUUUGCACUUUCUCUUGCUCUUUCUUCGCGCGGCCUCUUUCCCUGACGGGGUUGGUGGAGGGGGGGGGAAAGGGGCCACGAAACGUGGCGCACUCCAAGAGGGUAUUGCGACUACUGAGCUUUCCCCUGGGAGAGAGGUGGGUGUGCCUGUCGUCUCUGACAAGGGACUCCCGGGGCUGUCCUUCCACCCGGCGUCCCCCGCUGCACAAUUGCCGGGCCUCCUCCAGCCCGUCUUCGCCAGGCAACAUAUCACAACCACGUUCUUCCCCCUUACCACCAUCACCAAUGCAACCAAUUAUAUGCAAAAAAAAAAAAAAAAAACAUUGCAGGCUUGAUUUCCACUGUUACCUUUUCGGUAGGUCUUUUCCCUCCCCCCACCGAUUCCACCUUCUCCCUAGAGCUUCUGGCCCCGAUUUUUCCCGAUCCGCUGGCGUGUUUCACAGACGGGAGUCCACCUGUUAGCUGCAGGUAGUAACUCAAAAGAGCAUUUCACUUUCUGUUCGCUUCCUGUACAAAGAGAAAUUAUAGUUAACAUUUUUCCUUUUUUUUUAAAAAAAAAAAAUUCUCUGCGUGGAGGUAAACCCGCUUCAAAUAAGCCAGCAAUUUUUUUUUUAAAAUUCACUAAAAUGUGCUUUUACUGACCGUGGGAGGGAGGGAGGGAGGAUGCUGACACGAAAAGGAGAGAGUGAGCCUUGUCAAGGAAUAUGCGUGUCUGUGUUUUGAAAGAGUAUGGAGAACUGUUAAAAACAAAGUAAAACUGGCUUGACUUGA